AUGAAUUUUCCUAAUGAAAUAAUGAUAUCAAUAUUUAUGUAUCUUUAUGAUGCAGAUCUUUUUGAUUGUCUUUUAGUUUCCAAACGAUGGGCUAGUAUUUCAAUUCCAAUAUUAUGGCAAGACCCAUUUAAGCAUUAUAAGAAUGAUAAAAUCGAUUUUUUGAGAAAAGUUGUUUGCCAUAAUUUGGAUAUAGAAGAAUAUUUUAAUAAAGACGAAAUACCAACAAAAGAAUAUUCCCUUCUUCUCUUUCCGUAUCUUGAAUACGUGAAAAAUAUAAAUAUUUAUCAUAUUAGUAAAGUAUUUAAUAUGGAAAUAUGUAAUGAAGAUCUUAUUGUUUAUAUAAUAAUUAAUUCAUUAUUUAUUUCAUCAAAAAUGAUUGAAAACAUUUGUAUCAAUACUUUUUUUUAUAAUAUUGAAGAAUUGAAUGAAUAUAUGAAAUAUCAUCGUGUUUAUUUAGAUUUAAAUUUAGAUUAUUUAAAUUUAAAUGAACUCGAAAAUCUUGAUAAUUUAAAAGGUUUAACUUUAAUUGGAUUUAAAUGA